AUGCAUAUCGGGCGGAAGGGCUCGGGCUGUUGGAAGGCAGGAAAUGGCCUCGCACCGCUGUUCCAUCGCCUGGUGACGCAACGUACCGAGGCCCUCCAGCUGUGGCUUCAGUCCGUCUACCUCGGCGCCCUCCAGACCUACAACCUUGGCCCUUUCUUGGCUGGCCGCCACAGGCAGGAAGAGCAGCAGAAGCAGCAGCAAGAACAGAUACAUCUCUAG